UUCUCACCAUCUUAUCCAUUUGAAUUUAUUAUUCCCACAAUUUCUUUUCAUUUCUACUAAACCGCACCAUCCAAACGGUGUGUAAACCUCACCAAUUUACUCCAUAUUCAAAACUCAUCAUAAAUUGUGAUCCAAUAAUCUCUCCCUUUCUCUCUGUCUAACCCACGUCCUAUUAACUUGUAAACAGGAGUGAAAUACCAUCUAUGGGGAUUGAUUGACAUAUCUAUAGAUAUAUACGAAUCCAUGUAUCAAAUAUCAUCAGAGUUUUAUAGACACCUCAAGCUUCGCUCCCGCCAUUUUACAACCGCCAAUCAACUUCAAACCCUCCUUUCAGCAAUCCCUCAAAACAAACUUCCUCAACAAAACACACCCAUUACCGAAGAUCUUUGUGGCCAAGUAUUAGACAAAUACCCAGAUAUCAGAAAAUUAAAAAGACUCCAUUCAAAGAUCAUCUUUGAUCAGACUCUCAGCUCAAGCCCAUCCAUUGGCAUCAAACUCAUGAGAGCUUAUGCUGCUUGCGGCCAACCCGGGAUUGCCCGCUACGUGUUCGACGAAAUUCCCGAUAGAAGUGUUGUCUUUUUCAAUGUCAUGAUCAGAAGCUACGUGAACAACCAGUUUUACCAAGAUGCUCUUUUGCUAUACAAAAACAUGUCUAAUUAUAAUACUAAUCCUGAUCACUAUACCUUUCCUUGUGUUUUGAAAGCUUGUUCUGGGUCUGAGAAUUUACGGGUUGGAAUCCAAAUUCAUGCUGCGGCUGUAAAAGUAGGACUCGAUGCGAAUCUGUUUAUAGGGAACGGUUUGAUUGCCAUGUAUGGGAAAUGCGGUUGUUUAGUGCAAGCUCGCCGGGUUCUUGAUGAAAUGCUCCACAGAGAUGUGGUUUCUUGGAAUUCAAUGGUUGCCGGGUACGCACAAAAUGGGCAAUUUGAUGAUGCGUUAGGGGUUUGCCGUGAAAUGGUGUCGUUAAGUGUAAAACCUAAUGCUGGUACAAUGGCUAGCCUCUCGCCUGCUGUAAGUAAUACAUCUGCUGACAAUGUUAUGUUUGUUAAGGAAAUGUUUGUAAAAAUGGCUAAAGAGGGUUUGGUUUCAUGGAAUGUGAUGAUUGCAGUCUAUGUGAAUAAUUCUAUGCCUGCUGAAGCAGUUGGACUUUAUUCAGAGAUGGAAGCGUGUGGGUUAGAACCUGAUGCGAUCACUAUUGCUAGUGUUCUUCCUGGUUGUGGGGAUCUUUCGGCAUUGUUGCUAGGAAGGCAGAUCCAUGAGUAUGUGGAAAGGAAGAGGCUUCGACCAAAUUUGUCGUUAGAAAAUGCCUUGAUUGACAUGUAUGCAAAGUGCGGAUGUUUACGUGAUGCAAGGGAAGUGUUUGAUGGUAUGCACGGUCGGGAUGUUGUGUCGUGGACUUCAAUGAUUUCUGCUUAUGGUAUGAAUGGGCAUGGUCAAAAUGCUGUUGCUCUCUUUUCAAGAAUGCAGGACUCAGGUCUCACUCCUGAUCCCAUCGCCUUUGUUUCCAUUCUCUCAGCAUGUAGCCAUGCAGGAUUGUUGGACGAGGGACAGUAUUGUUAUAAAUUAAUGACCGAGGAGUAUAGGCUGGUGCCAAGGUUGGAACACUUUGCUUGCAUGGUCGAUCUAUUAGGACGUGCUGGUCGAGUAGAUGAGGCCUAUAAUUUCAUCAAGAAGAUGCCAAUGGAACCUAAUGAGAGGAUUUGGGGGGCUUUGUUGAGUGCUUGUCGGGUUUAUUCUAAAAUGGAUAUUGGGCUUAUAGCUGCUGAUCAUCUUUUCAAAUUGGUUCCGGAGCAGGCUGGCUAUUAUGUCUUAUUAUCAAAUAUUUAUGCUAAGGCUGGUAGAUGGAAAGAUGUUACGACCAUUAGGUCAAUCAUGAAGAACAGAGGAAUCAAGAAAAUGCCCGGUGUUAGUAAUGUUGAGAUUGAUCGUCUGGUCCACACGUUUCUUGCUGGUGAUCAAUCACAUCCACAAUCCAAGGAGAUCUAUGAAGCGUUGGAUGUGUUUGUAGGGAAGAUGAAAGAGGUAGGUUAUGUCCCUGAGACACACUCUGCCCUUCAUGAUGUGGAGGAAGAGGAUAAGGAAAAUCACCUAGCAGUUCACAGUGAGAAGUUAGCUAUUGUCUUCGCAAUUAUUAAUACCAAACCCGGGACACCAAUCAGGAUUACCAAGAAUCUACGUGUUUGUGGGGAUUGCCAUAUUGCUAUCAAGCUUAUCUCCAAGAUUGCUGAACGGGAAAUCAUAGUCAGGGAUACAAAUCGUUUUCAUCAUUUCCAAAACGGGGUUUGUUCAUGUGGUGAUUAUUGGUAAGCCUGCGUAGAAGUGCUCAAUGCUCUUCACUUUUCCAACCGUUUGAGCUUCAAAGCUGUUAACUUCUUUCCAGAUGCUGCCACAUUUUCAUUCCCAGCAAUUACCCUAACAUUAGAUGGUAGUUGUCUCAAACCAAGUGGAUUAUUUCCUUGAGGUAAUUUUCUCCUUGACAACUUCCCAGUAAAAAUGAUUUCACAUUUUGGUUUGCUAAAAGAAAAGCAAGAAGCUUUUAGAAACAGAACCAAGAAACCUGAAAUGCUUUAAGUAAGGGGUGGUUUGAGAUGAUCUAAAUAGGUGUACUUUUUUACUUUUUAUGAAAUGUGAGUUGGGUAUGGGUUGGGUUUGAAGUGAUGUGGUAGAGAAGUGAUGCGACUUAAAUAAGAUGAUGUGACUUAAAUAGGAUAGUGGCUUUUUGACUUUUUUAAGUUAUGCCAAACCAAGCCUAAAUCUUUUCAUUUCAUGGGUUAUGAACAUUGGAAUUUGUUCAUUGGAUAUGAUGAUCAUAGUUGUUAGCAUUAGAUUUUCUCAGCUGUCAUGAAGCUCUUCAUUGAUUCUUCUUUGUUGCCAUUUGUUUUUUGUUUAAAUAUAAAAAUUACUUACUACAUAACAAAGAUCUCAUCAGUUCUUAUUAUAAAUUCCUUUUACACCCAAUAGAAGGGCCAGGCCAUAUACUGCAAGUUGAGCGAGGAUUAAAAUAGUUACUAAAAGACAAAAUAUACUAAAAAGUUAAUAAAAUAAAAUGUCACAUUUAAACUAUGAUUAUUUCAUUUUCUGUCAAAAAAGUCAACUCAAACGAUUUUUUUUAAUCUCAAGCUAAAAUAGCCAAAAAAUAAGAAGCCAACUAAAAAAGCCAAUUGCCAAACAAUGAAUGAUAGGAAGCCAAAUUUUAAGAAUUUUCUAGCAUUGAGUAAAGACUACUUCAUCUUUUGUGUUCAUGUGCCUGGAAAACUGUUUUCUUACACUUUGAGUUGGCUUAGUUUAGAUUUACAAAACUCAUUGACAUCUUGUUGCUAAUUUUUCAUUCAACAUGUCUGACAAUCCAAGUAAGUUAGCAAUGCUGGAGUUGUUUAUUCCACUGUAGCUGCCAUGCAACUUGAUUCACUUGGUUUGUCAAGCUCUUGUUUCUCAAACUCCAAAAGGAAGAAAAUGAAAAUAGAAUGCUAAUGACGGGCUUGUGAACCUUCAAGGCAGUUCUUCUUCACGGAGAAAACCUAUUGACAAUGCUGUGAGCAAGUCACCAGCUUCGGAGCAAGCAAUCAGAUGGUUGGUGAUUGCCCCUCAGAGCCAUCAGAGCCAGGAAAAUCUAAUCAUUCACUCCUUUGAUUUUUUCCCGGACAAAGAAAAGCAAACACGGCCAAACAGGUAGAACUUGUCUGAAGACCCAGGAAUCAUUUAUCAAGAAGAGUUCCUCAUAAUUGUUCUUGUACUCUGAUAGCAUAUUUGAACAAACCAAUCGGCAAAAGGAAAUGAAGUUGAGAUACAGUUUCUUUUCGUCACAAAAAUACGCUCUCAUCUCAACAUGCUAUUUGUUCAUUCAACUUUUAUGUUCAUACAAAGAAAGUGAAAGGAAAAUUCAUAAACGAAACUGA